GGUGGAUGCCACGCGGCACAAAAGAUUCUCCUUUAAGGAUGACUAGGCGCCACGUGUUCCGGGCAUUGUCUUCAUCUGAGCAGCGCCAAGGCGGCCUGGCGGCUUGGAAGCGCGAGAGAGAGAUCCCAUCGCGGAGAUAUCUCGAAUUUCUUGCAGGAUCGGUGUCUGAGGUAGCUAGAAUCGGUGGAUUGAGCGCCAUCAAGCGCGAUCGAGGCGAGAAAACUGGGCAAAAUUUCCAGCAACAGUGUUUGCGGCCUAGGGUUGGGAAAUGUCCACAAGCGGGGGCGAUGGAGAACCCAAGCUUGUUAUUCCACCUUACAUGGUCGCCGAAGCCAUGUCUUCUCUCCACGGGCUGGAUCUAAGGUGGUCAAGUCCGAUCACUCCCACGGAGAUGCAAUACGUGGAGCAAUAUGUAAAGGCCCGGUAUCCAGAGUUUUU